CUUUAUUCUUCUCUUCCUCUCUACCACUCACGCCUCCCAUCCCUCAACCAACAACCUCCCACCAUCUCCCUCCUCCCGCGCGCCGCACCUCAGCUUCUAUCUGAUCCCUCCUCUGCCACUCCUCUUCUCAUCAUAGCGCCUCUUGCAGCUCCUUCAAUACCAAACUUUUUCCACCUGUCUUUUCAUGUAACACCACAACCUGCCAAAAACCUUUUACCUUGCACCUCAUUUCUUCAUUCACCAUGAGCAUGGAUCACUUAAUCGGUCAGAGAUUCAAUCUCAUUUCUAAGAGCGAAAUUCGAUAUGUUGGCACCCUUCAUGAGAUCAAUGCCGAACAGUCCACUAUUGCUCUCGAGAACGUCUUCUCCUUCGGCACCGAGGACCGUCAAGUCGCUAAAUUCAUCCCCCCUUCUCAGGAAAAAUAUGGUUUCAUCGUUUUUCGAGGAAGUGAUGUGAAGGACAUCAAGAUUGCCGACGAAGAACCUGCAGCUCCUUCGCCGCAGCAAAACAUGCCCAACGACCCUGCUAUCCUGAAUGCGUCUCGCCCUGGACCUCCCCCACAAGGACCUGAUGGUCCAUUUUCACCGCAGGGAUUUCCUCCGCCGCCGCCACAUUUCGGUGGCUACUACCCUCCUGGCCAGUUCGGUAGGGGCUACGGACCUCCCCCAGGAGGCUUUGGACCUGGCCCAGGUUUCGGUCCUUAUGGCCCUCCUCCGCCGGGCUAUUUUGGCGGUCCACCAGGACAAGGCUUUCCACCUGGCCCCCCUGGCCCCCCUGGUCCUCCUGGUUUCCAUCAACAGCCGCCUAUCGGUCCUCCCGGCCAGCGUCCUCCUCAGCAGCAUCCCCAGCAUAGCCAGCAACCCUCAGAAGGAAAUUCUGUAGGCCCGACCCCUACUUCUGUUCCGACAUCCGAGCUUCCUGUCGAUAACAAGGCCCCGAGCGCGACCUCCGCUGCUGCACCUCCUAAGACGGGUAAUGCAGCUGGAUCCGAAAAGAAAGAGCCACAGCCCGAGAAGAAGAAGCCUGCCGCAGUCCCUACAAUGGCAUCCGUGGCGGCAGCUCCUGCACCCAAGAGCGCACCCACAGGACCCAAGAACAACCGAGUCGCGCCCGCUGUUCCCUUUACCGUUAACCAAAAAUCAUUCACACCUCCCGUACAACCCUCAACAGACGCGCCCAUUUCUUCUACAAAUGGAAGCGUCGCAAAGGCUGCGAAGCCACAGUCGUCUCAAGCUGCGAUGGAAGAAGCUGCCCGACAGGCCAAAGAAGCCGUCGCUGCAGCUAUGGCCAAACUCAACCCACAAGCCGCGACUGCGCAAGCCAAGUCAGUGCCCUCAGGCGCGGCCGUCGAUGCCCUUUCUCAGAGAGUCAGUGCAUUGUCGACUUCGACCGUGCCCGAUGGUGCCCAACGCGGGGCUAGAGGAGGAUCACACCGUGCUGGCAGAGGUGGCACCCACCCUCGUGGGGCGGGACCCGCGAAGAGGAUGGAAAUUCCAAAAUCGGAUUUCGACUUUGAAUCUGCCAACGCCAAGUUCAACAAGGAGGACUUGAUCAAAGAGGCGAUUGCCACUGGCUCGCCUCCAGUCGCAGGCGCGGAAGAAACCCCUGUGGAAGUCGGCGAGAAAGACGACAGCCUGCAGGCGCUCCAGCGAAAAGACAGUAUCCCGUCCAACACCGGUGCCGCGUACAACAAAUCAUCCUCAUUCUUCGAUAACAUCUCAUCCGAAGCUAAAGAUCGCGUGGAUGCCAACGAGGCGCGGACACAAGGACGACAAUUGCGAAGUGAAGAAUUCAAAAAGAAUGUGGAGACGUUUGGCCAGGGUAAUGUGGAUGGAGGUUUCCGCGGCCGAGGUCGAGGUGGUGGCUAUGGCCGAGGCCGUGGCUACGGAGGAUAUCGCGGUGGCUACAAUAGCGGCAAUAACCGUGGUGGCAAUAGCGGUUAUCGUGGAACUCGAGGUCGCGCGGGUCAGGGACAGGGUCAGGUGCCGGCAUCUGAAGCAUAGUCAGGCUGUCUUGGAUUCGGUUGCUUCUUGUAUCAUAAUGACGGACGGCCCGCUCUUGCUCGAAUUUAUCUUUUAUGUUUUCGGGGGAAUACAUGGUGGAUCAUGGAGACGUCAUUUGCGCAGCCUCAUUCGAACCGAGACACGGGUAUGAUGAUAUGAUGAAGCGGCUUUGAAAUCAUGCACAUGGGACGACGAGACUCGGGGAUGCCUAGGAAAAUGAAAUGGCACAAAGCGAUAUGGAGUUGAUGCAGAUGCGCGCAUGUGUGCAAAAGUCACACGAGAAAGCGACAGCUCUGCCAUGGUGGUCUGAGUCUGAUGAGCCAGCAUCUUCUCGGCAGAUGCCUAAGAAAUCAAAGUUCAUUCGAGACGGUCGACUGCUCUGACCUGAAACUGAGGAAUUAAAAUAAAGCCUGCUGUUCAGGGGAUUGUGCUUUGUGCUUUGUGCUCUUAGUCUAUCAAAUCAUUCCCCUGGCAGUACACUAUCAAAUGCAUACUCAAUUCCUCCUGCAUGCCAACUUUCAUUUUGCUUCUGCCUGUUCACUGUGUCUACAUCCGUCAUUGAUCCCUGGAGCUGCCUGGAAGUAGAAACAAGUCUGGGGGGAAGGUCGAU